CUACAUUAGCAAGCAUGCUUUAACUCCAGCAAUGGCCUUCCUCUGGAUCCUCUCCUGUCUUGCAUUCAUCAGCACAGCCUAUGGCUGUGGCAAUCCUGCCAUCUCACCUCUUAUCACCGGCUACUCCAGGAUUGUAAAUGGUGAGGAGGCACGGCCUCACUCUUGGCCCUGGCAGGUGUCUCUGCAGGACUACUCUGGCUGGCACUUCUGUGGUGGCUCCUUGAUCAGUGAAUAUUGGGUUGUGACAGCUGCUCAUUGUGAUGUGAGGACCUCUCAUCGCGUCAUCCUGGGUGAGCAUGACCGUUCCUCCAACUCUGAGCCCAUUCAGACCAUGACUGUUGGCAAGGUCUUCAAGCAUCCUAACUACAACAGCUACACCAUUAGCAAUGACAUCACUCUGAUCAAGUUGGCCUCCCCUGCUCAGCUCACCGCGCAGGUGUCUCCUGUGUGCCUUCCUGAAACAAGCGACAACUUUCCAGGAGGAAUGAAGUGUGUGACAUCUGGAUGGGGCCUGACCAGAUACAAUGCUGGCACUACCCCUCCUCUCCUCCAGCAGGCCACUUUGCCUCUGCUUACCAAUGAUGACUGCCAGCGUUUCUGGGGAAGUAAAAUCACUGAUGUGAUGAUCUGUGCUGGUGCUGCUGGUGCUUCUUCUUGCAUGGGUGAUUCUGGUGGUCCUCUGGUCUGUCAGAAGGAUGGCACCUGGACUCUGGUUGGUAUCGUGUCAUGGGGUAGCAGCACAUGUUCAACCUCCUCUCCUGCAGUGUAUGCCCGUGUCACCAAGCUCCGUGACUGGAUUGACCAGACCAUUGCUUCAAACUAAAUUCACACUGUUUUUAGUUUUAUCGAUAAUAAAAAUAAGGAUGUCGCCUGGACUCUGGUUGGUAUUGUGUCAUGGGGCAGCAGCACCUGCUGAACCAGCAUGCCUGGAGUGUGCCCGUAUCACUAAACUCAGUGGCUGGGUUGACCAGACUAUUGCUGCUAACUAAGUCUGCAAUUGUGGUUUAUAAAUUUC